GCGAAUCCGUUAUACAACAUUCUUUGCCCGCGUUCGAUAAAGCAAUUUUGUCACGUUUUUAUCGUGCCUACGUAAUAGUGGACGCCUGAAUUAUGUCGAGUACUGAUUUAAUGACGACACCAAGACGCAGUACUGUGCGAAUGCAGGAUGUGCCCUUGUCAUCAACAAUGUGUCAAUCGCCUUCAGUGUUUGUGACCCCUAUCCUCAACUCGACCGAGGAUAUUGAUAACAUACAUGGCGGUGCGACACAGCAGACACCAAACAGUCAGUUCGUGUUCAUUCGACGCGGCAACACUCGCGGUUCUUCAACACCUAAGCGACAAGUUAGCCUAUGCCCUUUCACGACACCUGACCGACUAGGCGAGCCACUUAGUGCACAGGAAGAUUUUGAAAGUAGUAAGCAGAUGAUCAAUCAGCCGUUGGACGAUACAACAUUUAGCCCAUGCAUCGAUUGGCAGUCAACCAUGAAUCCAAUGGCGUUCGAUGUUUCGAAUCCAGCACUCUAUCUCCCGCCGACGCGAACAGGCAGCGCUGAACAAAGAAUCCAAAAUCGGAUUGCUGAAUUUUUUCGAGAAACAAAGAUUGUUCCAUCACCUUGUACUGCUGAAGGUGGUGGCAGAACACGGUGCUAUUUAUCGCUUGAUACAGCAAAAUUACAGGACAUAGCUUUGAGUUCAAAACGUGUAAUUCCAUCAGUUUACACACCGAAGAAAGCCUGUGUUCGAAAUAUGGCGACCCAAACGUGUGUCACAAUCCCACCAAGCGUCGAUCUCAAUAAACUGUUCGCCCCGUUUGCUACGUAUAUGGAAACAGAAGUGCCGGAAUCUUUCAUGGAUGCGUCGAGAUCAUCAAGUUCGUCGUCGGAUUCGAUUUGCUCGAUCUCACGCCGCAAAUUGUUCACUGAGGAGGACGAAAGUCCUGUGGUCGCCCACAAUUGUCCACGCGCCUCCCGAAGCGUAGAAGAAGAGGAUAAAAAAGAAAUUGCAGUUUUUCAAAAAAACCACAAUUUCAACGAUACCAUUGCCUUGUCCUCUCCGCCACGGACAAUGCGUACCAGUUGCUCGGUGCUGAUGAAUUCCUUCGAGUCUCCCGACCAAAAAAUUGAGAGCUCGCGCUUGAUGUGCCACGAUUUUUAUAAGGAAUCAGAUAAAAACCUUCUAGAUUGUGACAGGGAUGAGAUCCCACGGGGGGAAUUUCAUAUUGAAUUGUCGCCUAUCAAGUCACCUCAGCGAACUUGUUAUAGCAGUCAGCUACAAGUUAGUUCAUUACAAAUCGGAGAUUCAAGUAGCAGUCAAGAAAGGAUCACAUCAGCAAUGGCAACAAAGUCGUCGGAUCAGGGCUUUCAAUCUCGCGAGGGAUGCAGCAGUCACCUAACGACGAGUCAUGUCGGUAUUUCUAACGGACACGUCAUGCGCUGAAACAAAGUCAACAAUAUACACGAUGUCGUCGUCUAGCGCCUUUUGGAGAUUUCCCAAGGGUAAAUAAAGGCGUCAGCGGUGUGAUAAUUUUACUAAUGCGAGUUUCAUGAAAAUGCCCAUCGUUCAAUAACUCUGCAAGUGUAAAUGCAACUGUUGUUAACGAUCAUAAGUUAUCAUGAUGCAAUUCGCGUAUACUCGCCGGCUGGCUGAAAUCUCCAAACGCGUUGACAGAGCCCAAAUGAGUAAGAAGCAUAAUCAGUAGAUAGUACUGAUUGAUAGCCGCUACGAUGAAACUAUAACAGAAUAUUAGUUUGAUUGCCAGCAGUGAUAGGAAUAACUAGAACAAUGAAAAUAGCUAGUUACUGUUUCUUACUUUCCUAGCAAGACUUAAGGGAGGUUCACUUUGUAAUAUAACAAAUUGAUACAAGGAGGUACUGUGAAUAAUUCGCCAGGGCAACCAUUGAUCGUCAAUUUUCAAUGGCUAGUCGAGUCAUACAAUUAUCGUUGUUAGAUAUGCACUUCAAUAAAUUCAAUAAUCUAAGAAAUCCGCUGAGUAAAUUAGGUUAUCACGUUCAUGCCGUCACACUGGGUAGCAGAGCACUCGCUUGACAGCAACAGUUGCUGUAGCUACAACAGGCUGUUAAGUUUGCUCUAAAAAGCUGAAGAUGCAAUUGUCGUCUUAGUAUCAUAGGAAUGAUAGUCAAUCGGGAUCUCCGAUUCAGUACUUGAGUGAAUAAGCAAAACUGUUGUAUUAAGUAACUAGUUAAUGAAGGAUAGAUGAAGAAAUGAAUGCCAUUAGCAAAGAUUUAGCCUAACCGAUGAGCUUAUACAAGAAAUAUGACUGGUAAUAAUAAACCUCAAAAGGCA